AUGUUUGGUUUUCUGUUGGGAUGGCGAAAGGCCUCCAAGUGUAAGAGAGUGGUGAAACAGCUUCAGUGUCGUCUAAAGCUGCUCAAGACCAAGAAAUACGCCAUUUCCUCAAACUUGCGCCACGACAUAGCUCAGUUGCUCCGCAUUGGUGAACGAAACCGUGCUCUUCAUCGGGCUCAACAUCUCUUCCUUGAUGAGAAUCUCAUGUCCCUCUACCACUUGCUGCUUCAAUUCUCCGACUUCAUCCUCCUCCACCUCUCCUACAUUCGGAGGCACAGAGAACUUUCUGAUGGCAUCAAUGAAGCGGUUUCAACACUUGUCUUUGCCUCUGCGAGGUGUGGAGACCUGCCUGAGCUACGCACUUUGAGGCUUCUUUUUGGGAAGCGUUACGGGCAACCCUUUGUGGCAACGGCUCUCCAUCUUCUCCCUGGCAAUCGUGUCAACCCUCAGGUUACAGAGAAACUCUCCAUAGUUUCAGUAUCAGAGGAUGCCAAGUCCAAAUUGUUGGCCGAGAUAGCAGCGGAGUACGGCCUGCGUCACGAAGUUUUGGCACUCCAAUACACUCCCGAAUUUCACAAACAGGUAAUAGAAAGCAGGGAGCCAGAAGAAGAACAGGAAGUAGUUACGGGUUCCGAUUUAACCUCUGCUCAGACGUGUCCAUCUCAAGAAGCUGAGAGCGAAGCAGAAGAGUAUAAGUUUACUCUCAGGGAUGCGGAUGUGGAGGAAAAACAAGAAGAGAGUCGUCGUAGUAAAGCAUCAAGGGAUCAAAGAAAAGUAUGUAAUGAGGAUGAUUUCAUAGAGGAGGAAGUGGUGGAGAAAGAUCAGAGAGUACUAUUCAGAUUCAAAGAGACUGAAGAAGAGAGAAGAGAGAGAAAGAGGUCAAGCAGACGAUCAAUAUCAGCUUCAAGCAGCCCAAUCGCCAAAGACGUGGAAUGUUGGAGGUACUAUUACAAGGGAAGGAGAAGUUAUCAAAAGAAAGAGUGUGGUCAGUGUUACCAUAUAGUGUACAACGUGUUCUCAAUGUGGUCGGAUCAAAAGGAAGAAGAAGAAGGAGAAAGAGGGUUAAAGGAAGCUAAGCAUGUUCAUCCUAAGCUUCCCCACCACGAUCAGAUUGCUGCUCACUUUACUGCCCUUAGGAGCCAACAGCAACAGAUGCCUGGACCUUAA